GAUGCGUCCCUCUUCCAGCCAGCUGGAAGCAGGCGCUGGGGCAAGAAGACCUUUUCCUCCGUGCCGACUGCUUGGUCUUUGGGAGCCCCGCGCCAACAUGGCCUGGCUCCUGUGGUUGGGGUGCAGUUUCCUGGUGGUUUCUGGACAGCAGGAUCCUGAACUCUUAGCCAGGGAUUUGGAAGAGGCUGAGAUUACAGAUUAUAACCUCAUUGACAAUGUUUUACGGAGAGUCCCAAGACGGACAGGUUUUCUGCAGAGAUUGGAGACCCGACCCCGUAUGUCCGAAUUCUCAGUGAAAGCCACAAUAAUUUCUCGUUAUGCGUUUACCACGGUCUCCUGCACUUUGGUGAACACCGGCUCAGAGGCUCGAGAAGGCGUCUUUGAGAUGCAAAUACCCAUCACAGUCUUCAUCUCCAAUUUUACCAUGAUUAUUGGUGGCAAAAUUUAUCAUGGGGAGGUGAUUGGUAAAGACUGGCUGCGUGGAGACCAAGAAAGAAGAAACAGAUAUUCAAGACCCACAGAUGACAGCAGAGAAAGCCAAGUGGAGACGUUCAAAGCCUCUGGAUUAAUUCCCCGGAAGGGAGAAGCCACCUUCCUGCUGCACUACGAGGAGCUCCUACAGAGACGGUUGGGGAAGUAUCAGUACGUGGUCAGCAUCCGGCCCCAGCAGCUGGUGGGCAAGUUACGGGUGGAAGUGAACAUCCUUGAGAAUUCGGGAAUUAACACUCUGGAAGUUCUGCCACUCCAGAACAGCAAAGGCAAGGGAGCAGGGAGCAGCGAAGAGCCCCCCACUCCACCACCUUCAACAGUGGUUGGCCAGACAAAGACUUUGGCUAAAGUAACCUUCAGUCCCAAUUUGGUCCAGCAAGCCAAGAUUGCGAGGAAUGGCAUUCUGGGAGAUUUUAUCAUCCAAUAUGAUGUCAACAGAGAGCUGAGUGUUGGGGAGGUCCAGGUUUUGAAUGGGUACUUCGUGCACUAUUUUGCCCCCAAAGAUCUCCCUCCGCUGCCGAAGAACAUUGUCUUUGUCCUUGACAGAAGUGCUUCCAUGCUGGGGACCAAGAUGAAGCAGACCAGAGAGGCCCUGUUCACCAUCCUCAAUGAUCUCCGGCCUGAAGACCAUUUCAACGUUAUUGGCUUCUCCAAUGAAAUCAAGGUCUGGAAAGAAGAGCAGUUGGUACCCGGGAUUUCCAACAAUAUACGAGAUGCAAAGUUCUUCAUCCUUCGCAUGUCACCUAAUGAAGGCACCAACAUUAAUGAGGCUCUUCAGACCGGUGCAAAAACCCUCGACACUUAUAUAACCCAGAACGAAGCAGAAUCGCGAAGCGCCUCCUUCCUUGUCUUCCUGACCGAUGGGCGGCCCACGAUUGGGGAGGUCCGGAUGAGCGAGAUUGUCAACAACCUCAAGGAAGUCAUUCGCAACAGGUUCUGUGUCUUCACGAUCGGCAUCGGAAAGGAUGUCAGCCACAAACUGCUUGAGAGGCUGGCCCUGGAGAAUUGCGGGAUGAUGCGGCUCAUCCGGGAGAGUGAGGAUGCUGCGGCUCAGCUGAAAGGAUUCUACGAUGAGUUUAGUACCCCACUUCUUUCAGACAUCCGGGUUGACUACCCUGUUGACAGCGUGGACCAAGUGACUCAGAACUUCUUCCCCAACUAUUUCAAUGGUUCUGAAGUUGUCAUUGCUGGGAAACUCUUCAACAAGACAGCCCACAGCUUACAUGUAGAAGUGACAGCCAGCAGCAGUGACAAGCAUGUCCUUCUGAAAACAGAUGUGGCCAUUGAUCUUUCUGGACAGAACCACCUUGAGGCUAGUUUUGUUGGGGCCCAGAACUCCUCAAAUGAUCAAAACUAUGUUGAGCGGGCCUGGAGUUACCUCACCAUCAAGGAGCUGUUGACCUCCUGGUUGAAGAGUGACAAUAGCAAGGAGAAAGCUUCUCUAAGGGAGAGCGCCAAGAAUUUGGCCCUUGCUUACAAUUUUGUCAUUCCCUUCACCACCCUGAGGAUGAAGGCCCUUCCAUUUCAGGUGGAACCCCCAGUGGAGGUCUAUACUGGGCCUUCGGUUGACGGGGUUGGAGGAACCGUGCAGGGCCUUCAAGGUCACCAAGUGCCCUCAGACUCUAUUCCUGAAAAAUCAGAGAAGCAAAAAAUCAAAGUAACUAAAACUUCAGCGGACGGCGACCCUCAUUUUGUCAUCGAUGUGCCGCUGAGCAAGCUAACGGUCUGCUUCAACAUUGAUGGGCAGCCAGGCGAUAUCCUGAGAUUAGUUUCUGACCAUAAGAACUCUGGAGUGACUGUCAACGGUCAGCUAGUCGGAGCACCUGCCCCACGGAAUGGUCAUAAAAAACAGCGGACGUACUUCAAGAGCAUCACAAUUCUCAGUGACAAACCAGAAAGAUCCUACCUGGAAAUUUCACCCACAAAGGUCAUCUUGGAUGAUGGGAAGAGACUUGUCUUUCCCUGUGACCGCAAUGCCAUGGUAGCAAGCAAGAAUCUCCAAGUAUCUAUCAUGGCCCACUCCAACAUCACUGUGGUCCUACGAGAUUCCAUCAGUUUUGUCAUUCUGAUCCACCACUACAGGAACCCUGCCCGCUUUCAGAAAAAUCAUUUGGGUUUCUACAUCUCUAACAGUCAAGGACUUUCCACAGGUUCUCAUGGGCUGAUAGGCCAGUUCUUGCACCAAGACGUUCAGCUGCUCACUGGGCCUUUCUCGCCGAACUGUAACCUGGGCAGCUGGAACGAAACAAAAUCUGGGGACACGAACCUGGGGCAUGCCCUGAAGCUGAAAGGGCGUUUGGUGCCCGUCGUUUGGAAGCAGAGAAAGAUCUACAACGGCAAACAGGAAGUGGAUUGCUGGUUUGCCAAGAACAAUGCAGAGAAACUGAUCGAUGGGGCCUACAGAGACUACUUGGCCUCCCACCCCUUUGACACAGGGACUAGCAGCUUGGUGGAAAACAGACUUUGAAGAGAGCAAAAUCUCCCUUGCUUUCCUCCCA